UUUUUUAUGAUAAAAAUCUGAUGUAUCGAAUAAUUAUUGUUAUUUAUAACUAAAAAUUUAUAAUAAAAUCUAUCUCUAUUUCGAUUGAGUUUGAGCAGCUAUAAUCUUAGUAGUCUUUCGAUCACAAUAUGGCUAUAAAAUAAAAUGUAGGACACUAGGGCAAGGUGUCAUUCAGUAUUCACUUAACUGGUUUGCCGUUCGUAGAAAUUUAAUGAAUUAAUCAAAAAAAGGAAAUACACGACUUUUGCACAUAAUUGAAAAAGAGAAAGACGUAGGCACUAAAUACAUUUUUAUAUUAUUGACUAAAACAGCACACAACAGUUGUGUUGUUAACUAUAUUAUCGUCUCUCACAAAAUUAUUGUUAUCAAGAUAAAGCUUUGAAGACCUCGUGGCCUAAAGAAAAUCAUCAGACACCGAAUCUUAAUUACCUACCAACCUAGAUAAAUCCGUCGGUAAUAUUGUGGUAGAUACCCUACCUAAAUUUUGCUUAGUAUAAAAUAUAAAUGUUUGUACUUAUGUAACGCGACAUAUUCACUCACCAACCAAUUAUCAGUUUUGUUUAUUAAAGUUCGGGUAAUUUAUAAAUAAUCAUAAAAUAUAAAAUACGUAUGACCGUUAUCUUUAGUGUCCACUGAAAAAUUGUAUACAAUUAUUGAGUUUUAUUAGAUAUUUAAUAAGAUAGGUUAUAUAGUGUUAGUAGUAUAUAACACUAACAGGAAACACGCGCUCGAAUAUUAAAUACGGGAUUAUUGUGUACGGUACURAAAUAAAAACUGAAUAAUUUUAUUGUCAACACGAUCAAAAUAUUAAGAGUUUGUGGUAAUAUAGUGCGAUUUGUAUGAUUUAAUUUCCAUUCAAAAGUUUAACAAUGACUGAUCUUGAUGAAUAAGUAUCAAAUUAAUUUUCAAAAUGAUAGAAAAUAAAGAUACUAUAAAUCCAGUCACUGAAGAUGUUGAAUGUAUUGUUAAAAGAAGCCGUAAUGACCAUAACAAAAGAAAAAUAUUAACAACUAAUAAAUGGAGAAAAUCAAAUACACGCAACUAUGAAAGUCAAAAUUAUGUAAAAAUGGAUGAAGUGAAUACAAAAGUAACUAAAUAUGACACACAAUUGGCACCUCAUCAAUAUCAUAAAAAUAAGUCAUCAUUAUCAGUUAAAGGCCAUAAAUAUAGACACUGCAGUUAUGAUCAGUUACAUAUAAAUAAAAAAAAUGUUUGUGAUAAUCAUUUGCCAUCAGAACAAUCAUCAACAAUAUGUGAUAUGUCUGAAAAUGAGGAUCAUAUCAAAAAUAAUAUAUUAUACAAUUUAGAAAAUACAAACAUUGAUAAUAGUGAACAUGAGCCUGAACCAAUAACUUUCAAAACACAACAAAAUAAAACAGCUAUAUCUUUACUAAAUGAAUGGGCCAUGCGUGGUGGUGAAGGAAAAAAACCAUUUAUUGUAUCGUAUGUGCUUGCGGCUAUUACUGGACAUGCACAUAAACCAAUAUUUACAUACAUGUGUCAAACACACAAUAUGAAAGCUUUAGGAGAAGGGAAAUCUAAAAAGGAAGCAAAACAAAAUGCUGCUGCCCAAAUGUGUGAAAAACUUUUUGGUUUUAAAAUUGACCCGGUGAAUGACAGUGAUAAAGCAAUAACAUCUACUACCACCACUGAUAACUUUGAAGUUUGUGGAAAUGAUACAUUUUUUAGUAGUACUGAAGGAUUACAAAGUAUAGAUGAAACUAACAUAGAUAUGGAUAGUGAAGAAUCGCAACAAUUUAAAUAUGAAGCAGUACAAAUUGCACAUUGUGAUAUGAAUCCUAUUGGAGCCUUGCAAGAGCUGUGCACAAAUUAUAAAUGGACACCUCCRUUCUACAGUUUUGAGAUAUUAAACAAAGAUCAAAGUGAAUGUAAAAUGACUUUAUACAAAGUUACUUGUGAAGUUUUUCAUUUACAAACAAUGGGAACUGAUAGUUUUAAGAAAGGAGCUAAACGUAAGGCUGCACGUCUAAUGUUUGAAAAGAUUUUUGACAUUGGCACAGAACAAUUAAAUGAAUUMAAAUCUUCAUAUCCAAUUACAUUAUUAUCAACUGAGGAUUGUGAACAAAAUAAAUGCAUUUCAAUACAUGAUGAAGAAAAUCAAAAACUGUCAAAUAAAUGGUUUUCAGCAUAUUGUUUCCGGUCAUUUUUUACAAAAGCAAUUGAAUCUAGAACAGCAAUGAAUGAUAAAACAACAAUUUCUCUAGUUGAGAAUGCGGAUAAUUCAACGCAAAUGGAUCAACAGCUAGAGCGAUCUACAACACAACUGGAACAAUAUAUUGAGCAUUAUGAUUCAAGUACAAUCGCUGUUAAUAAAUUAGAAACUUUAUGCAGGGAACUAGGUUUCCAAGCAAUUUAUGUGUGUCUGGGAGUUCAAAAAAAAAAAGAUAUUGAAAACAAUACCAGUCAAGAUGAAGAAUAUGCUGUAUUAGUACAAGUAACUUCUGUACCGAUCACUGUUACGACUGGAUAUGGAGCCACUACCGAUAUGGCAGCAGAAGAAGCUGCUAAAUCUAUACUACAUACGUUCAAAGCAAUGUUGCUCUUUACUAAAACAGUUACCUUAAAUUUCAAUAAUAAUAAUGAGGAGGAGAACAUUUUAAAUGUUUUGUAAACAUUUAAAUUGAGUAUUUAUA